GGGAGUAACCAGAACCAGAGGUGCCGAGGCAGUCUAAAAUUUGUUGGCCCCGAGCCCGUCGAUCCCUCGGCCUCGCCAUGCCGCGGGGCCCAAGUUUGCCAGACGUCGCUGCGGCGAAGCUGCGGGAGGCGCGGCGCCUGGUGCGGCUGCAGCGGAGCUUUGACGCGGAGCGCGUGGCGGAGGACGCCAAGGUGCUCUUCGAACGAUGCGAGGAUGCGGGCGGGGUUGCCAGUGCCAAGUAUUUGCUGGUGGAGGCGGCCCUCUUGGAGGAGAGGAUUGAGGAGGCCAGACAGGUGGCCACUGAGGAGCUCGCAGCGGCCGAGAAGGCCAAGGACGGCUUGCGGGAGGUGGCCAUGCUGCGUGCGCUGCUGCUGGUGAGUCUGGCGGAGGGCAAGCCGCUGGAUGCCUUGGAGCUGGCGGCCAAGGCAGAGGCAGUGCUGCUGAAGGCAGCCGCGGCGACGCCGAACCCGCAGGCGGCCGGGGAGCUGCUGCUGCAGGUGGCGCAGUCCCACAUGGCGCAAGGCACCACCGCGGCGCAGCAGGCGGCGCUGAACGCGGCGCUGCAGGCGGUGGACCACUUCUCCCGGGCCGCGGAGGGCCAGGCCGGGCCCUUCGAGGCGGACGCCUGGAGGGCGGUGCUGAACGCGCGUGUGGUCUUGGGGAAGUUCGAGGACGGGAUCCGCGCCGCGGAGGCUGCCAUGGUGAUCUGCGUGGACUGCGGGGACGAGGUUGGCCAGGCGCUGUGCCUGCUGAACAUCUCCCAGGCGCACUUGGCGCGGGGCCUGCCGUUGAAGGCCAAGAAGGCGGCGGAGAAGGCGCUGGGCCAAUUCCAGGAGCAGAACAGCGACUUGCUGGCGGCAGAAGCGCUGGAUGUCCUCAUUCAGGCCUUGGUGGGUCAGGAGCAGCGUAAGGAUGCGCUGCAGCGCGCCAAGCAGGAGCUCUCUGCCUUCCUGAGCUCGGGGGACAAGUGGGCCACGCCUCGCAUGCGCGGCUGCUUGGUGAAGGCGCUUAUGAACAUGGACAAAAAGAAAGAGGCGCUGGCAGAGGCAGAGAGAGCUUUGGAGUCAGCCCAGAGCCUCAAGUCUCUGCGCGCCAUGAACGAAGCCAUGAAGCCUGUGGCCAUUUUAAACAUCCAGCUGGGCAAAGUGGACAAGGCCAAGGACUUGGCGGAUGAGUUGCUUCGCAUGAGCAAGCAGCUGGGAGACCUAGAUGGCGAGGCCGUGGCAACCCAGCUGAUUUGCAAGGCCGUCCAAGAGCGCGGCGUCUUUGAGGAGAAGGCCGCCCUCGAGAGGGAGGCGGAGGACCUGAUCAUUGAACUCAAGAAAGCGAUGACCGACAGAGAUGGGCCGAGGUUCAAGGAGGUCCUGGAAAAGUGCUACGAGAAUGAAAACGUGUUCACUGAGGAUGUUGAAGAGAUUAUCGGGCCUGUGAUCCUCACCGACCCCGAUGGUCUCUAUGAAUUCUUCCUCAACAACCAGCCUGAGAAGUGGAAGAUCGACCGCGCGGACGAUCGAAAGUUCGAUGCGGCCCAGCAGUUUGACCGGCGCCUGCUUUACUACGUCUUCCGGCUGGGCGCCAUGGGCUAUGGCCCGGGCUUCCGUCUGGUGAAGACCGACUUCCGGCUGGGGGAGCCAGGCCAAAGCUCGAAAGCGGUUGGCACCUUAAACCUCAUGGAGAAUUGCCCUGACUGGGAGGAGCGCACUGCCUGGCAUCCCGGGCUUCUGGAUUGUGUGCUGCAAGUGGGCGCUGCUAGGGUCAUGACCAAUGACUUGCAGUACAAAGCCAAGAUCGAGACUGAAGAGCACAGAACGGUUGCCACAUGAGCUGCAUGAUGUUGUUGAGCUCGCCAAAUUGUUGGUCGCUCAGGGUUUGCAACUUUCAAGGACUCUGAACAAGUCAUCGACGUUAUUACAUAGUGUUUCACAAGGUCAGAUGAGCUCAGGAACGCGCAUGCGA